GUUUAUUGCGACAGCAUGCUUGAAUGCCGGGGUUGUUUCCUUACAAACAGGAGGUUCGAGAUGCGUCUGCAUGCAGCCUUUCUCUGCGAGUCGCAUCUGACAGCGGAAGCCCUCUGAGACCAGGACUGGGCUGCUGUAGUCUUCCCAGCGCUCUCUUGGAUCAGAUCAUCCUGGCUCGGGAUUUCAUUGGUUUUGCUUGGUUCAGAUUGCCCUGGUGCGGUCAGGAACGCUUUAGCAUCGGACUGGACUGAAUGUGGAUCAAUCUGGAUUGGUUUUGGGCUGGUUCCGAGACAUCAGGUCAAGCUGAGGCCAGUCAAGACUGGUUUAGGUACAUGUGGGAACCAGUUUAAAUGUCUCUGCAUGAGUUUCUACAGGAGGGCCAGGACGCCCCACAGCGGAUCCUGUCCCGACUGACCCAGCUCCUCUACAACCUAUCAGCUACAGUCUUACAGGGAGUCCCCUUCUCUCCUUUCACAACCUUCAACCGCAAGAGCUCCUGGAGGGACUGGAACGAUGAGAUUAUGCAGCAGGAGAGCAGUCUUCUGUGUGCUGCAGACAUCAGCCCAGACCUCAGGAAACAAUUUGCCUUCCUGUCAGGUGGCCGAGGACAGAAUGGCAGUCCCAUCAUUAUAUUCCCAGAGUACCCGGCAUUUGGUGAGCUGGAGGAACAGGAGUUUCACAACGUGCUGACAUACCUGACUAGCGUUCCCAGUCUCAGCUCGACGGGGGUCGGCUUCAUCCUGGUCAUUGACCGGCGGCAAGACAGAUGGGCAUCAGUGAAGGGGACGCUGCUGCGGAUCGCGGGCUCUUUCCCAGGCAACCUGCAGCUGGUGCUGGUACUGAGACCCACAGCACUCUUUCAGCGGACAAUCUCCGACAUCUUUUUUAAGUUAAACAAGGAUGAGUUUAAAAUGAAGGUGCCGGUGAUCAUGCUCAGCUCUGUGACUGAGCUCCACAGUUACAUCGACCGCACACAGCUCACUCAGGAACUGGGCGGCACACAGGACUACUGCCAUGAGAAAUGGAUUUCACACCGCACCGCCAUUGAAGGUUUUGCUCUGAUGGUGAAGAAAACGGCACAGACUCUCCAGUCUUUUGGGACUGAGCUGGCGGAGACAGAGCUGCCCAAUGAUGUUGAGGCCACGUCUAACCUUCUAACCCUCCACACGGAUAAGAAGGACAAAAUGAAGGAGGACUUGAGGAUCGCUCUCUGUCAGGGAUCACGUUUGCUGGAGAGCAUCAAUGAGCCGCUGUUGAAAGAUCCAGAUUACACCAUGAACCAGGAUGAACUGGAGAACCUGGCUACUGUUCAGAGGUUGCUUGGUCAGUUAGAUGAGACUGAAACAGCAUUUGAUGAUUUUUGGGAUAAGCACCAAACCAAGCUAGAGCAAUGUCUAGAUCUGCGGCAUUUUGAGCAGAACUUCAGGGAGGUCAGAGCUCAUUUAGACAUGGUGUAUGACAGACUAUCAGGCUUCUCAGAGGUCGGAAUAAGCCCUGCCCAUGUUGAACAUAUCUUGAAAGAGCUGACCAAUCAUGAAGAGAGAGCAUGUGAGGUGUUGGACCGAGCGCUGACUCUAGCAUGUGAUGCUGACCAGCUGAUUGAAGCGUCUCAUUACGCUGUGGACUCCAUCCUGCCCAAAUGCUCUGAGCUGCGGGCUGUGUGCGACGAGAUCAACAGCAUCCUCAAGGCCAAGAAAGCCUAUCUGCUCAAAGCCAUGGAGCUACACCAGUGUUUAGAGAAGGCCACUAAAUGGUGUGACGAUGGGAUCUACCUGCUGGCCUCUCAGCCUGUGGAUAAGUGUCAGUCACAGGAUGGGGCGGAGUCAGCACUUCAGGAGAUUGAGAAUUUCCUGGAAACACCCGACCAACACAAGCUGACAGAUUUGAGUGGAAUUUGGAGGGACUAUGAGUCGGUGCUCACACAAGACUUCAGGGAUCAGGUGGACAAAGUGUUUCAGAAGCAGCUGUCCAUACAGGAGAUGUUUGAGAAGAGAAGGGUCAGUCUGAAGAAGUUAGCAGCCAAACAGACACGACCUGUGCAGCCCGUCGCCCCACGUCCUGAAGCCAUCAUCAAAUCACCCAUUUGUCCUGAAGCUCAUAGGGAGAAGACGAUAGAGGGUGAUAUCAUCAAUGGAAACUGCAGAAAAGGAGAGAUAAACUUACAGAGUGAUGGCAGCAGACACCCGUCUGUCUCUGAUGAAGAGGAGAACUUUGCUGUGCUUAGACGGCAUGUGAUGAACGAGCUGUUGGAGACGGAGCGAGCGUAUGUUGAGGAGCUGCUGUGUGUGCUGGAGGGUUAUGGAGCAGAAAUGGACAAUCCUGCUAUGGCUCACCUCAUCCCCAAUACACUGCUUCACAAGAAGGACGUCCUGUUUGGGAAUAUGCCUGAGAUAUACCAGUUCCACAAGAAGACUUUUCUUCGUGAACUAGAGGCGUACACAGACUAUCCUGAGCUUGUGGGCCGGUGUUUCUUGGAGCGAAUGACGGAUCUGCAGAUCUAUGAGAAGUACUGUCAGAACAAGCCUCGCUCCGAGUCUCUUUGGAGACAGUGCUCUGACUGCGCUUUCUUCCAGGAGUGUCAAAAGAAACUGGAACAUAAGCUUGGUUUGGACUCGUACCUGCUCAAACCAGUGCAGAGAAUAACCAAAUACCAGCUCUUACUGAAGGAACUGCUGAAGUACAGUAAAGGCUGUGAGGGUGAGGAUGACCUGCAGGAGGCGCUAUCAUCUAUUCUGGGCAUCCUGAAAGCUGUGAAUGACUCCAUGCACCUUAUCGCCAUCACUGGAUAUGAAGGCAACCUCAGUGACCUGGGGCGUCUGAUGAUGCAGGGGUCGUUCAGCGUGUGGACGGAGCAUAAGAAGGGUCACGCGAAGGUGAAAGACCUGGCUCGCUUCAAGCCUAUGCAGAGACACCUGUUCCUGCACGAGAAAGCUCUGCUCUUCUGUAAGAAACGAGAGGAGAACGGAGAGGGUUAUGAGAAAGCACCUUCAUACAGCUUCAAACACUCGCUCAGUAUGACUGCUGUAGGUAUUACUGAAAAUGCAAAAGGAGACAACAAAAAGUUUGAGGUCUGGUGUAAUUCUCGAGAGGAGGUGUUCAUUGUACAGGCGCCGACACCAGAGAUCAAAACGUCAUGGGUGAACGAGAUCCGGAAGGUUCUAACGGGGCAGCUAAAGGCCUGCAGGGAAGCACGCCAGCAGAAGAGCUCAGAUCAGAUCUCACAGUUAACUCCCACCAGCACCAGCCUAACCCUGAGCCCCUUCAAGACCACCCCAAAGACCCUCAAGAAAGGAGAAGAGAAGAAAACUGAACCCACAGCAGCAGAUCCCAGUACAGCAGUCUUACCUAAAAAUAAUGAUAAGGUCAAAGACGAGACUGUCACCAGUCCCAACACUGAGAGAGCUGCAGUGGCUAAAAAGCGCUUUACACUGCAGGGCUUCAGUAACCUCAAGAGUCAAAAAGAACCGAUAGUGCCCCCUGGUGGCAAAAGCCUAACACUACCCAUGGUCUCUGUCUGCCCUGCAGGAUCAUCCCCCCCUAGUCCUGACCACAAAACUAAAAGACAUGAGAUUAAGAGUGAUCCUACACCGUUUGGCUUCAGAGACGCAGGUCCUCACAUCACUCUUACCCGAGUGAGAUGGAUGAGCACUUCUAGUCUGUUGCAGACUAAAAGGAGAGGCUUCUCCAAGGCAUCGCUGUCUGUGGACGCGUCUGAGGAGAACGACGGUUACUCGAGUGCCGAGGAUCCCAUGAACUCUGAUCCUGAGGAUGAGGGAGGGAAAAAGCUGUCUCCAGGCAGGUACGUGGUAGUUGCCGACCAUGACAAAAACGGACCACAGGAGCUGACGGUCAAGAGCGGAGACUCAGUUCAGCUGGUGAGAGAGGGAGACGAUGGACGCUGGUUUGUACGUAAUCUGCGAUCCAAUAAGGAGGGCUGGGUCCCUGCUGCAAACCUGCUGACUCUCAUCGGAGAAUCCAAAUCUUCUCAAUCCCUCUCCAGCUCAGAAGGCAGUGGGUCUGGAAACCUCAGCACAUCCUCCAGCUGCAGUGAAACCUACACAAGCUUCUCAGACAUCAAACCCUGAAGCUGCUGCUCCACCGCCUUGUGGCAGCUCAGACACAGUGCACUUUCUACUGAAGCUCCUCCAGUCUCUGUACUGUAUUUAACCUCGUCACCCGAGAAAGGAAUUGCCCUCUGCGGUCAAUAUACGCUAUUCAAGAUAUUUUAUAUAGAGUGUCACACUUUCUCAACCUUCUCUCCUUCAUAAGAGAGAGAAAAAAGGUCAUUCAGUGUCUGCUGUUCCCCCGUGGAAAUUCUUCGUCACUUUGAAAGUAUCAGCGUGAUGCUGUUUGUUUCACGUCUGCAUGAGUUUCCUCAAAGAUUAAAAAAGAAAAGGGCUCUUGGUCGAGUCGGCAUUAACAUCAGAGCAGCCUGCGGUUUUAAAAGUCUUUAUAACAAGGACUCUCGUUGGAUUUUAAUGUAUGACCACAUGAGCUUCCACUGGUUUUAUUGAUCUUGCGUUGAGAAUAUCAGUGUCUUUUUGAAAUGUCUGAUUUUUUUGGCGUCUAAAGCUCCUGUCUGAUUUGCUGUAGCAGCAAGACAAUGAAAUUAUGUUUUAUACGAUAAAGAUUCUUGAGGUUAUGCCUGCUGAAAAGUCCUGUUAUUCACUGUAUGUAUUAAUCUAAAACAGCUGUAUAGUUUAAAUUAUUUCCUGUAAAAGAUUUGUACAGAUAUUAACUUUUAUCUCAUGUUUUCCAUUAAAACAGUGUGUGUGUGUGUCUGUGUGUGAGUAUGUGUGUGUGUGUGUGUGUAUAUAUGUAUUUAUACAUACACACACACAC